AACAACUCAGAUCAAAGAAAUUGAUCAACUCGAUCGCGUGCCGCAACUAGCCGGAAACAAAUCGUAUUGUUGGCGGCGUUCUCGUCCCUAAGUAACUGUCUGCAGGCCGGCGACGGUCGAUGGCGGCGCUUGGACGCGCGGCGACGAGGCUGAUCCACCGAGCUGUCGUUAGAGUAGAGCAACGCCGCCCCGUCACCCUGUUGUCGCCAAGGCUCAUCCACACCCAGCAGAAUUCAAGAUCCCCGUUCUCCCAGAAAGAACACCUUGUGUCGCAAAUCAAGCAAAAGAAAGAGGAGUUAUACGAUCUCAUCGCUAACGCCGAGGCGGCUUCCGUAGCUUCUGGGUCAGACAUGCGUGUGCUCUCGACUCUCUGCACACGAAUCGAGCCUAGACCACAUGACCCUCAAUGGCGCCGGAUAACCAGAACCAAGAAGGUGGCCAAUUGGACUGCGGCGUCCAUCUUUUUUGUUGCUUCUGGAAUGAGUUUAUGUGGCGUGGUUGCCCGUGCUCCCCUAAUAGAGCAUGAAGGAGUGUACUACACUGCCGAGAGUGUGCACCGGCUAGUGGAGCAAGGCUGCCUGCCUGAGAGUGUGCUCAAGCAAGUGGGAAGCGCAGAAGCAAAAGGGUGCGAUGAUAAGGAGUGAAGAUGGACGACCUGCAUCUUUUUUCAUGGAGAACAAGAAGGAUUGUAUCUACGUAGGUCUCUUGAUGAAAUAGGAGUAUAUGUCUAUAAUGUGCCACCUCGAACUUGUACUAUUAUGAUGAAUGUCGUUGUAAGAUAUAUGUAACAUGGUGUGUUA